AUGGGGGACAAUUCAUCGGCACAGCUCGAUUGGUCGCUCAACGAUUUCCCUCCCAUCCUUGAGAAUUGCUUUCAGCUUCAGGACAAUACCAGUCAGCUACGCACAUUCGAUUUUGAUGAUGCCACACUUGGUAGCGAUGAAAUAUCGACGGAGAGCCUCAUCGUGCCUCGAAUUGAUCCGCCGAUGGUGACCCUCCAACCUCAAUUUGAAGAAAAUGCGAACAACAUUGUUCCGAGUGGAGGCUUCGAUGAAAGCCAGCUUUCCGAUCCACAAUCGUCGCCUAUCUCCAGUGGACAAGACUUCCGUUUCGAUGAAUGGGUCAACCUGACGCCAUUUGGCACGCCCAGUGGCACACCAGGAGAGAACCUAUCCACUCAUUUGUCUGUCACAUCGGAAGGCACUUCUCCCUGGUACAUGUUAUCCCCCCAGGGAAGCCAGAGUGCAUCGUUGUCAACUGGGGGUAGCGAAGGGAACACUCCGAAUAGUUUUGUCCAUAUUUCACGUCCCCAGUCUGUACACGAAGCCUCUGAUACGAGCUCACCUGCAUCCCAUGAGCAAAGAGUCGUGUCGGAAUCAAGAGUCACACGCAUCGUCCCAAAGCCGAUCUUUCACAAUCCGGAUGUUUCCGCUCCUCCAGUAUCGCACAAACAGAGUGGAUCUUCGCAACCGCUUAUUCGCCAGGAUUGGGAGCGUAAGGCAUCAGCAGUAAAACGCAAGAAAGAGGAAAAGGCCGAAGAGUCCCGUGAAGAUGCAAAACGAGUCAGGAAAAUCGGAGCCUGCGUUAGAUGCCACAUGUACAAGUUCAAGUGUGAUGAGGGCAAUCCCUGCCAGAGAUGCUGCCGCGACGAGACAACUCACCGUCUCUUCUUCCAGCCGUGCUCACGGCAGGAAAUACUUGAUGCUAUUUUGGUCCGUCAUGGAAACGGAAAGUUCGGCCAGGAAAGAGUCUCCUUUCGAAAGUAUUAUUGGAUCAACUUGAGGUCAAGGCCGAGGACAAUCGAGAUAUACUGGACCCUCCCUGGCAAGAUCUCGCAAUCGAUGCAAGACUUGACAUUAAGUGUGCCCUGCCAUGAGUUCAUCUUAUCAAACGACGACAUAACGGCAGAGAAUUGGCAGGUCGGCGGCAAGGUUAUUACUGUUGACCUACCCCGCUUUGCCUGUGCAGAUAAUAGUAAACUCGCAAAGAUUGUCGAGGAGAUGGUUGAAAAGAACCGUGCAGCCGUGGAAGAGAAAUUGAAGGAGAGUAUCACCGACCCACUCGCUCGAGUAACAUUCGAUGAAGCGCACCGAUAUGCACACGAGCACAAUAGCGAGAUGAUCAAACUGGCAUUACGUAUCCGUUCGACGGCAGCGUUUUGCCAGGGCUGGGGUAGUAUAACUGGGCCCGAAACUCUAGGCACGCCGGAGGUCGAUAACGCUGAGGAAGGCUACUGUGGCACCCGGCCAAUCUCGCCCGCACUCUGCCAUCAGCUGGAUGUUGUAUUUCUUAGGAUGAUGGAACGUGACGAACAGAGGCUGGUCAAGGAGUUGAAGAAGGCUAUUUUCCGCAAGAAUCCCAAGCCGUGGUACGAAAUCUUCCUGACCUAUUUCGUCAUUAUGUGGCAUUUGAAAUACAUUCAUGGGCAAGCUGUGGGAUUCAUGAAGUCCCAAGAACAGACAAAUACAGAAGUGAAAGUCAGCUUCGUUGUCAGAUCAAUGGUUCACGAAUGGGAGAAUUCGGCGGGAAAUAUGCUCUACCACUUCCGCUACGUCCUUCGUGCCUUCCUCCCGUUUCAGAAAGAAAAUAUGGCCGAUGUCAAGAAGCUGGGCAGCCUAGACGGCCAUGGUGUUUCGUAUUUGGAAAGAGCAGUGAGAUUGCUAGAGAAAAAAGGUAAUGAUAUUCCAAUCUAG